AUGUAUCAAAAGUUCCACAUCGGACAACAAACCGAUACAUAUGCUCACACCCUCGACGUCUCCAAGUUCCCCAGCAUUGAGCAACUCAGAGCGACCUUGGCUGAAAUUUUUGGAUUUGCCGAUGCAAAGACAUUAUGGCUUGUCGACGAAAAUGGGAACCCGUUAUCGGAUCUCCAGAGCGUGGCUACGACGACAGACAAUGUCGAAGUGCGAGCGACAGCGCAUGAGUCCAUCCGCGAGCCUCCCGGGCCUCGCCUUAUCCCGUUCGUUGGCAACCGCUACGAGCUGUAUCCAGACGUUCUCGGAAACUACGACCGCUUAUUCUCGCUCUACGGGCCAAUGAUCAAGACGGUCAAUAUGGGAACCACCAUCUACCACACAAACGACCCCGCCAUUGCCCGCCACGUGCUGCGCGAGGAUCACCUCUUCACCAAGACCACGUCCGACCCAUCACACCCGUUGCACUACAUGGCGGACCAGGACUGCCUGUUUACUUGCGACAGCGCAUCUCCAGCUUUUGCGCCGAGCCACAAAUUUGUGCCUCCCACGAUGUCGCCACGAGCUAUCGCCCACUUUCUGCCACUGAUUCAGGAUGCGGCUCAAUCCAUCUUUCCGGCAUUCGAUCACUUGGCCGACGCGAAUCUCGCAAUCAAUGUCUACCAGUACAUGUUCAAGCUCGCCGCUCAGAUUGUCUGGCGAGUCAUGCUCAAUCAGGACCUGAAGCAUUUUGAGUCGCCCAAGACGCCGCCGUCGUUUCCCGUUCGGCUCUUUGGCCAGUACCUCUCGCUGAUGAAGAAAUCAUCCAUGCGGCCGCAGUGGAUCAAAUAUCUUCCCUUUGGCGAUACCGUCAAAUUGAAAAGUGUCCGCCAGCAAGUGCUGGAUACAACCGAAGAGGCCAUGAAGGCGAGCGUGCAAGCGGACGGUCCUCCCCUCGGUUUAUCCGAGCCCACUGCCAUUCAGAGCGCUACCUGCGUGGCUGACUUCUUGUACCGUGCGCGCGACAAGCAGGGCAAAGGGCUCCCGUAUGAGCUGGUUCUCGGCAAUGUGGUAGUGAGCUGUGGUGCGGGGUUCACCACCAGUUCAUCUCUGCUCUCCUGGGCUCUGUAUUCCCUCGUGCGGUAUCCUGGUAACCAGCAACGACUCUUCGAGGAGAUCAGCAGCCACCGUAGUAGUAACGAUGGCCGAUGGACCUACGAUGACAUCCAUGGGAUGAAGUUUCUCGACUGCUUCGUCAAAGAGGUUCUGCGUCUUCAUAGCCCCAGCUUUCAGACAGCACGCAACGCAAAACAAGAUGCGGUCCUGCCCGGUGGGUACCUGAUCCCCAAGGGUUCCAUUGUCAUUGCCUGCUUUCCGAGUUUACACAAGAACCCAGCCCAUUGGGAGAAUCCGCAGCGUUUUGACCCGCACCGGUGGGCGCAGCAAGGUCUUGCGACGCAAAUGGCUCGCCAAGGGUCAUACACUCCAUUUGCAGCAGGGGCUCGCGGCUGUGUGGGCUUCAAUUUGGCGCUGACCCAGGUCAAGAUAGUUCUGGUCGAGUUGGUCUACCGAUACGAAUUUGACGACUCGUCACCGGAGACAGUCGUUUUCGCGCCUGCGUUGCUUCUUAAGUCGCCAUGGCCAGAUUUGGCUGAUCCCGUCGGCGGCCCCGAUUUGCUUAGGCCCGCCAGGCCAUCCUGCAUGGCCAAACCGGUUGUGACCAGAUUGAAUGGCUACGCGAAACAUGCAGGUGUUACCAGCAACGGGGAAUCCAGGCCCCGCAUCACGACCAACAGGGAAGGACAUCCUCUUGCGACGCAGCUUCAAGCCUCGUUGGAUGUGAUUGCCCACCGCGGCCCUGACGAUUCCGGGGUCUGGAUAAAUGAGACCGAGAAGGUCGGGCUGGGCCACUGUCGGCUCUCCAUCAACGAUCUAUCAUCUGCUGGGCGUCAACCUCUCCACAGCAGCGACGGCCACGUUCACGUUGUGGUCAAUGGCGAGAUUUACGACUAUGAUCGAUUACGGUAUGAGUGCGAAACCAUUCACCAUUACGCCUUCCAGGGCGACAGCGACAGCGAACUUGUGCUGGCGCUUUACCAAGUCUUUGGUGCCCCAGGGUUCUUUGCCCAUCUGCGAGGGGAAUUUGCAUUUGUGCUCUAUGAUGACCGCCCAGGUUCUCGACGAUUGAUUGCGGCACGCGACCGUUAUGGAAUCAAGCCCCUGGUCUAUACUCGACUCGGGUCCAGCCUCCUCAUCGCGUCCGAGGCCAAGGCUUUCUUACCUUUCGGCUGGAGUCCUCGCUGGGAUGUUUGCGCAAUUGCCGACGCAGGUUGGAUGUUUGACGACCGAACGCUGUUCCGCGGUGUUCGAAAGGUGCUACCAGGACACUAUCUUGAAACGACGGAAGAUGGCGGCGUGCGACAGGUCCAAUAUUGGGAUGCUGAAUACGAAGACAAGACAAAACCUGAGAUACGCACCAUGGACGAAAUGGUAGCUGGCGUUCGUGAGCGGCUUGUCGACUCUGUCCGUCUCCGCCUGCGUGCCGAUGUGCCUGUUGGCAUCUACCUUUCCGGGGGGAUCGACUCUUCGGCCAUCGCGGGGAUCGUCACUGAUCUUGCACGCAAGGAACAUGCCAAGAUUGGAAGCGAACACACCACUGGUGUGACCUGCUUUAGUGUGGCUUUCCCGGAAAUCUCGGGCUACGACGAGUCGCAGAUUGCCGAGCGCACCGCUGAAUGGCUUGGAGUCAAGACCAUCAAGAGAACUAUCACCGAGGAGACGCUGGCUGAGAACUUCGAAGACGCUGUUUUCCAUUGUGAGCACCACCACUUCGACCUCAAUUUUGUGGCCAAAUUUGCGCUGUCCACAUUGCCGCAGGAACACGGCGUCAAGGUCGUCCUGACUGGCGAAGGCGCCGACGAGCACUUUGCGGGCUAUCCAUACUUUUUCAGCGAGUUCCUCCGCGAAGCCGAUGAAGCCCUCCCGGACUCUCAUUUUUCUCAAAACAGUAGCCUUCGGAGCCAAAUGUUCGAAUCGGCGCAGCGGGAGAUGAAAGGCAUUUGGCAAAAAGGUGGUGCCACCGCGUACAAGAAUAGACCAGCUGUUCCAAGCAUCGCAGGGCCGGGGGCAGCAGACAUGAGCGAUAAUCUGCUCGCGUGGCAUCCCAGCGCCUCCCUUUUUGCGCCGUGGAUACAAGCACGACAAGGCAGCGACGAUUGCCGCAGAACCAUUCUCAACUCGUAUCCAAAAACCGUCCAAGCCAAGAUGCGGACCCGAUGGCAUCCCCUCCAUACUUCCAUGUACAUGUGGAACAAGAACUCGUUGGCCAACGUCUUGCUGUCAUGCCUGGGCGAUCGCACAGAGAUGGCACACAGUGUCGAAGCGCGCACGCCAUUUCUCGACCAUCACCUCACUGAGUAUGUCAACCGAUUGCCUCCAAGCGCCAAGUUGCGCUACACGGCGGAAACUGCAAGCGACUCCGGCGAAGUGGGCCCGAUCUGGACCAAGUCCAGCGUUGCGUUGCAAUCUCUGAAUGAAAAAUGGAUCCUCCGCGAGGCAGUACAUCCUUAUAUAACGGAUGAACUGUACAGGCGAAAAAAGCACCCGUUCCUGGCUCCCACUCGAUGGGGGAAGGACGGGCCAUUGUAUCGAAAGCUCAAGGCCCUGCUGACACGAGACGCUGUAGAGGGCCUGGGUUUUGUUAGCUGGACCACGAUCCAGGACGCCAUGGGGAUUGCCUGGGGUGAGGCUGCAGACCCCAAAGCCUUUCGACUUUUGCUUUAUUGUGGUGCCUGGGUCACCCUUAGCCAGCGUAUGGGUGUAGCCAGGGCAGACGAGGCUGAUUGGGAAUUACCCGCACUGUAG